AGAAUUCAUGAUAUCUUAUGAUCAGUCUUCCACUCAUAUUCUUGCUGGUUUGGAUAUGAAUGAGGAGCUGAAGGGUAUACCAUUUAAAAUCAUAAAUUCAAAUUAUUCCAGGAUAGCUUCAUUGAUACCUACACUAAAAUAGAUGGACGUAGUAUUUACUAUAGCAACCUUCCGAUCACUUUUAAAACUGUAGCUGCCUUGGUAGGUAGAGAUUUACCUAAGUCGCCCCCCCGAAUUAGGAAAGAACGUUCAUACACCGUGAGCUAGACGGGUUAGUACAUAGUUUAGUGCCAUUAGUGAAUUGACGGAUUAUGGCGAUGUGGAAACUACGACGCACUUGUUUUUUUUUCGAGGGUAUAUAUGAGGGACUUUUUCCCCCGUAGAUUCUGUUUUACAUUUUUCUUUUCAUACAUUCUCUCUUGCAUAUCUCCCAUAUCCUCUCCCACAACUCCCUCUCACAAGUUCUUUCUUACGUGUUCUUUUAUUGACGAACAACUAGAGAUACUACAAUGGUCGAAAUCAUGGCUACCUCUCACCGAAAUACAGUAGUAAUUCGAACAAACAAGCAGAGAACGAUAAGAAGAAAAAGGAGAAUAUAUCAGGCUCCGGCCUUGAAUGGCCCAAGGAUGUGGAGAUGUUGCGAAAUGCUCUAAAGGAGAUGAAUGAGGAGGAAGAGCAGAUAGCAUUGGAUACACCUCCAGAUACACCAAUAUCCGAAAUAUAUUGUCGUAAACGAGCGUGGCACAGAAGAAAAACUCUAUACUUGGAUAUGAUCGGCGAAGCGUUCUCGAAACACCAUCGACAAGCCAACCCUACCAACCCUGCCAACCACGAGAACGAAAAUGUGUUAGGGGCAGCGGGGAGAGCCCAUGUUGAGCUGGUAUUACAGCUUUAUGUCAAGGCAAAGAGAUCUAGCAAAGAGCAAUCGGGCUUUAGAGACAAUCUGAUGGACUAUUAUGGAGUGACACGUACCAGAGAUGGUAUCAAAGAGUGCCGGUGCGUUGUCAGCCACUCGUGGGGUGUUCCAAAGCGACGUACUGCCGCGCAUAUAAUGCCUGUCAGAUUAAGACAAUUGCCAAUGAAGCAAAUUUUUGGAGAAGAGGCGGCUGAAGAGCUAUUUUCCGUUAAAAACGGAUUGAUGUUAGAAAACCAAUUGAAACACAUUUCGACAAUUACCAGCUGGCAAUUGUCCCGUGUUUGUCCGAUGAAGGUGCGUGGGAGCUAAGAGUGAUGGAUAAGCACUUGCUCAAUCAACCACAUUUUGGCACGGGUGGGAAAUUUAAAUCUCUUCAUGGCCAAAAAUUGGCAUUUUUGAAUACAAAUCGCCCAAGAAAACGAUACCUCUAUUAUCACUGGUUGGUAUGUAUCGCUGUUGCGACAGGGAAGAAAAUGAAUCUGAAAAGGAUUGAGGAGGAAAAGGCAAGAUUUACCCAGCAUUGGGGCACGCCUGGACGUUAUUUGAGAGAAGAGAUGAUAGCAGCAAUGAUGAGCUAUGCAGGCCAUCGGUCACCAACCGGGAAGCUUGUUUUGGGAAAGAAAGGGGGUAGGAAUGAG